CUUCAUUUUUUUUUUUUUUUUGUAAUUAUGAACCCAUCCCAAAGACCACGUAAACGAGAUCAACUCUUGUCAUUUGUACAGUCAAAAACAAACACACUUCGACAAGAAAUGAAUCGUUAUUAUGAAAACAACGGAUCAUCGCGUUCACUUUCCUCCACAUCACUUCCUCAAGUACAACGAUCAGAGACACAAGAAUUCGAUGCUAUUUUACAAGAUGACACACCCGAAGUAGUUCAACCUCAAUGCAUGUUGUUUCCUACGUAUGCAUGUCGAGUAGAACCCAAAGGAUCACAUUACAGAGUCAUAUUAGCGGGAUGGGCAUUCACCAAACCCACUUCCAAUCGACUGAAUCGAUGGCUAUUAGCUGCAGGAAGAACGUAUGGAAGAGUCACAAGAAAUUCAGCUGAAGAUGAUCAUUUCUCGGCCUUAUUGAACCAGUUUCGAUCACAAACGAUGCGUAUGACAGACAUUCGAUUACAGCUGCCUGAUAUCAUUGCAGACUCAAUUUUACAUCGUCAACAUCAUUUAUCCCUCAACCAACAAGAGAAAAUAAGAGACAUGGCUGCUGCUGUUGUAAAUACAGGCAACACAGGUCGAUUCUAUCAGGAAAUCCAGCUUGAUCUGGCACAUCAGACACCAUCCAUCUUGACUGUCGAAGCUUGUUUUGCUGAUCAUGGUAAAUAAAUGAUGCCAGCCAUGACUUAUCUAACUCUAUAGCAUCUACUUUUUCUGGUUUCAU